UUGCUAUCCGAAGGGCAACAAAUCCACGUACGAUCGAAACCGGAGCGCGUCGAGAUGCAAAAUGUUCCCGGCGAGAAGAAGGGGAAAUUUAAAUGUUUAGAAGGGAGCCGGGGGGUGCGCGCGUGACGUCAAGGAAGGUGACCGGGCACCAGCAGACGGCAGUUGCGCGUGGCUGGCGGAGCAGCAGAGGCACCGCCCCCCUCCCCUUCAACUCCUGCUGAAGUGAGCCUCAACCCGACUCAGACCAGGCAAGACUAGUCGAUAAAACCACGGUUCGAGCGAUGAUGGAGAUAGUCGCUGCGGCGGAUAGUGACGAGAGAGGACUGUCGCUCCUCAGAGUGGUCAACAUAUUGCAGAGGGUAGUGGUCUUCCUUCACUCCUUUACGGUCGAUAAGACAAGAGGUCAAACAUCCACGUCCACGUCAGCCUCCAAAACACAACAAAUGCCUGGAAUGUCCGAGGAAGAAGUUGCCAAAAAGGUAAAGGAAAUCUGCCAGGAGCUGAUACUGAGCCAGGAGGCCCUGAAGGAGGUGUGCGACCGCCUUCAGGAAGAGAUCAACAAAGGCCUCGGCAAGGAGUCCAACCCAGAGGCGACCAUCAAAUGUUUCCCUACGUACGUCAGAGAACUCCCCAAUGGCAAGGAGAAGGGAAGGUUCCUUGCCCUGGACUUGGGUGGCACCAACUUCCGCGUCCUGCUGAUUGAGCUGGGUGACAAGUGCUCGAUGGAGAGCAGAAUCUAUGCUGUACCACAGCCUAUUAUGAUUGGACCUGGAGAUGGGCUGUUUGACCACAUCGCUGAGUGUCUCGCAAGUUUCAUCAAGGAGCGGAACCUGGGCACUGAGCUCCUUCCCCUUGGUUUCACCUUCAGCUUCCCCUGCAAGCAAGAAGGGCUAACAAAGGCUAGAUUAGCACGCUGGACCAAGGGAUUCAAGUGCGAAGGAGUGGAAGGAAGGGACGUCGUUGAACUGCUCAAGAAAGCAAUUGCAAAGAGAGGGGAUGUCAAAAUCAAGAUCUGUGCUGUUCUGAACGACACCACAGGUACCCUCAUGUCAUGUGCCUGGAAGAAUCAUAACUGUCGAGUUGGUCUGAUUGUCGGCACCGGCACAAAUGCAUGCUACAUGGAGAAGAUAGAGAAGGUAGAGCUAUGGGAUGGAGAUUUAGAAGAACCACACCAGGUGAUAAUCAAUACUGAAUGGGGUGCAUUUGGAGACAAUGGAUGUCUAGACUUCAUCCGCACAGAAUAUGAUAACACAAUUGACAGAGAGUCUUUGAACCCAGGAAAGCAGCUGUUUGAGAAAAUGAUUAGCGGUAUGUACAUGGGAGAAAUUGCAAGGCAGGUUAUCGUGCGGCUGGUGGCAGAGGGCCUACUCUUUGAUGGAAAGUCGUCAGACAUUUUGCAAGAGAAAGGUUCUUUCUUCACUAAAUACAUCUCAGAGAUUGAAAGUGAUGAAGAUGGAGACUUCAAUAAUUGCUAUGCUAUUCUGGAGGAACUUGGUCUUAACAACGCCACUGAUGCUGACUGUGCAAAUGUCCGUCACGUGUGCGAGUGCGUUUCUCGGCGAGCAGCAUACUUAGCAGGAGCAGGUGUUGCUCUCCUCCUUAACCGUAUCAAUGAAGAAAGUGUAUCUGUAGCUGUGGAUGGAUCUGUUUACCGUUUCCACCCACACUUCCACAACCUCAUGGUGGAGCAGGUAUCACAGCUCAUCAAGCCUGGAAUUAAGUUUGACCUAAUGCUGUCGGAGGACGGAAGUGGGCGUGGUGCAGCCUUGGUGGCAGCCGUAGCUUCCAGGACUUCAGCCAUGAGAUAGAGCGAAGGUCCCAUUUCGUAAGAGCGGAACAAUAAAUGUGAAAGUGUCUUCAUAGGAGAUUUUUGUUGCACACAAUGCAUGUUUUUUAUAUAAUUCUUGACUGAUGGUAUGAGUACUGGUUAACAUUGAAGGCAUACAUUGUGCUAGUUUUGUGGUAAGUGGAUAAGCGGAAGUGUAAUGGAUACGGAGAGAUGCUGCCAUCUUCAGUAUUUACAAUCAGUUAGAGAGUUUGUGGAUGGAGUGCAUGUUUAGACUUUUUUCUGAACAUUUUAGACACACACACACACACACACACACACACACACACACACACACACACACACACACACACACACACACACACACACACAAAUUAUAUAUAUAUAUAUAUAUAUAUAUAUAUAUAUAUAUAUAUAUAUAUAUAUAUAUAUAUAUAUAUAAAAUGUUUGUAUGUAUAUGUAAUGUGUGUGUGUGUGGGUAUGAAUGAACAAAUGUAUGUUUAAAUGUGAGACUACAUAAACAUUUAUAUAUAUAUAUAUAUAUAUAUAUAUAUAUAUAUAUAUAUAUAUAUAUAUAUAUAUAUAUAUAUAUACACACACAUAUGUGUGUGUGUGUGUGUGUAUGAACAUGAAUAUGUAUAUUUUUAUUUUUAGUAUAUAUCAGGAUUAUCAUUUCACACUAAAAAAAAUCAAUAUUAUAUAAAUGCAUAUAUUAUAUAUAGAUAGUUUAUUUAACUUGAAAUGCUAUUUUAAGAGUUUGGUGAUUAUGAUAUGUUGAUCUCCAUCUCAUGUUGGUGUAAAUUUUGAUUGCGUAGGAAAGACGAGUUUCACAACCACCACUGAGGUAGAAUUUUCUGUAAAAAAGAAAAGAAAAGAAAAAAGAAACAAAUUGAUCAGUUGUUCACUGGCAGCAUUAAUGCUUUUUCUGUGAAUUCGUAAGGUGAUAUACAGUAGUAGAGUCCUGAGAUAAUUGGGAUUUCUAUCAUACGAAAACUUUUUUUUUCUUCUUUUCUUUUUUCUUUCUUUUUUUUUCUUUUUUUUUUCUUAUUGGUGUGUUUGUGGUAUAAUGAUGCUUCUUGUUUUAAUUCUGUUUAAUAAUUUUACAUAAUUACUCUUAUUUCAUUGAUUAAACAGUAAAGAAUUAGCGCAAGGGCCAGAAAUGACAAAAUGUUAAAACCUUUCCUGGCUUCGUCCGUGUGGCCAUAGGCAAGUUUGGAUGUCAUAUUUAGGCUCUUACAAGAAAGGCAGGUGUUAUUCAUUCAAGGUGUAGUUACUAAAAAUUCUUGAAGAAAGCUAAGUGAAUAGCACAUUGGACUGAUUUUUAAUUAGUAACAUUGGGAAAAUUUCUGUAAAUAUGAUGUGCAUAUUGAUCAACACAUAAAGUUCAACUGAAACUUUUAAAAUGAAUAUAAAUUGUUAUGUGCUCAGGCAUAUUUAUAAAUGUAAAUAUAUAUAUAUAUAUAUAUAUAUAUAUAUAUAUAUAUAUAUAUAUAUAUAUAUAUAUAUAUAUAUAUAUUUAUGUAUGUAUGUAUGUAUAUAUAAUAGAUAAUACCAUGACAACAAAGGGAAUGAAAAAUACCCUUGGGUUUUUACGAUACAGGAAGUACUUUUGCAAUUUUUGUCCUGGAUUUUUUAUUACAGCAUGGAUAUUUAAGGAUUUGAAUAGAAAAAUUCAGUAUAAAUAGCAUAUAAAGUCAGCAUAAAGAUUUUAGGUCUUCAACAACAAAAAACAGGAUUUUUUAUUUCUCUUUUACAUUAUCUUUUGCAUUGACAUAUCACAGUUAAACCUGGCCCUGGCAUUUUUUACUUCAGACUUUAUGAGGCAUUUGUCUUCCUUGUAUCAUUAUACUCUGAAAAGGUUAUCAAGCAUUUUGAGAACAUUAUAUUUAUCAUGUAAAUGGGGAACAUCUGCCCAAGCAAUUCACAAAUGCUAUUUUAUCUUACAUUUCAUUGGAAGCUGUGAUAGUUCUUAACAUUAUAGAUGGAAUUAUAAUAAAAGUGCUGCUGGUUACAAAGUACUUACACAUUUGGUUUUCCUUUAGAAAAAUAUUUAUUAUUGAUACAGGAAGUUUCCGUCAACAGAUAUAUUUAUGUAUAUUGAAUAUAUUUUUAGAGAAACUUGUUAAUUUUCACUCUGGAUAUUCAUUCUGUUUUACCUCCAAUACUUUUUUUUGAAGUUUACCCAGUAAUUGCACUAUACUUCCCCAUAUAACAUGCUGUUGCUCAACGAACUGUGUACCUUGCUAUGUGUAAUUUUAUGAAUGAAUCCAUAGCAAGGUUUGGGGAAGCUGAUAUGAGGCAGGACUCUCUCCCAGGAAAAUGUCUUGAGGAGAACUUCAAGGUAAAGAUCAAAGAGGAAUGUAUGACAUUCUACAAAGUAUAUCACAUACAAAUGGUCUGGAUAUGAGGAGUGUUAUGUAUAAAGAAUGAGGGAAGAAGAGAAGACAAGGAGUCGGCACAUGACUACCUAUCCUUCUUCGUCUUGCCUCAUGACUUGUGUGGACAGCUGGGAGUGUGUUGUUUCCUUUACUCUCUGUACAUAGAAGAUGAGGAGAAUGAAAAGUUUGUGCAAUGAAUGGUUAAAAUAUUUAUAUUUUAUAUAUAUAUAUAAAAGGUGUAAUAUUCUUUGCUCUCAACUCAUUCUGUAUCCAAUUGCUUUCAUUUUGUUCCAGUUGAAUCUCAUUCUCCAUUCUUAUGAAAACUUAAUUUUGAAAUAUUUCAUGUUACUUGGUUGUAUAGUUUAAUUUAUUACUGAAAUUUUCUUUCAGUGAUUAUAAAAUAAAGAUGAAAUGCUUG